GCCCCGCCAGCGCUGACAGGCCGCCAUGGGGGACGCCGGGGGGGGUUUCGGGCUGGCGCUGCCGGAGCUGCGGGCGCUGAUGGAGCUCCGGGGCUCCGAGGCGCUCCUGAAGCUGCAGCGGGACCUGGGGGGGGUCCCGGGGCUCUGCCGCCGCCUGCGCACCUCCCCCACCGACGGGCUCUCCGAGGGUCCCCCGGAGCUGGAGCGCCGCCGCCGGGUGUUCGGCCGGAACUGGAUCCCCCCGCGGCGCCCCAAGAGCUUCGCGGCGCUGGUGUGGGAGGCCCUGCAGGACGUCACCCUCGUCAUCCUCGAGGUGGCCGCGCUCGUGUCCCUGGGGCUGUCCUUCUACGCGCCCCCCGGCGCCGCCGAUGAAGCGUGCGGGCAGGCCUCGGGGGGCGCGGAGGACGAGGGCGAGGCGGAGGCCGGCUGGAUCGAGGGUGCGGCCAUCCUGCUCUCGGUGGCCUGCGUGGUGCUGGUGACGGCGUCCAACGACUGGAGCAAGGAGCGGCAGUUCCGGGGGCUGCAGAGCCGCCUGGAGCGCGAGCAGCGCGUGGCCGUCCUGCGCGGCGGGCGCCUGGCGCAGGUGCCCGUGGCCGACCUGGUGGUCGGGGACGUGGUGCAGGUCAAGUACGGUGACCUCCUGCCGGCCGAUGGGGUCCUGAUCCAGGGCAACGACCUCAAGAUCGACGAGAGCGCCCUGACCGGGGAGAGCGACCACGUCCGCAAGUCCCCGGACAAGGACCCGCUGCUGCUCUCGGGCACCCACGUCAUGGAGGGCUCGGGCAGGAUGGUGGUGACGGCCGUGGGGGUCAACUCGCAGAGCGGCAUCAUCUUCACCCUGCUGGGCGCCGCGGGGGACGACGAGGACGAGGGCAGGGACAGGAAAGGGAAGCCUCAGGACGGCGCCGUGGCCACCCCACAACCCAAAGGCAAGCGGCAGGACGGGGCGGUGGCCAUGGAGAUGCAGCCGCUGAAGAGCGCCGAGGGAGGGGACGCGGCCGACGGGCCGGGGACGCGGCCCCGAGGUGGCCCCAAGAAGGAGAAGUCCGUGCUCCAGGCCAAGCUGACCCAGCUGGCCGUGCAGAUCGGGAAGGCAGGCCUGGCCAUGUCGGCCAUCACCGUCAUCAUCCUCGUGCUCUACUUCGUCAUCGAGACCUUCGUGGUGCAGGGCCGGCCCUGGCUGGCCGAGUGCGCCCCGGUCUACGUCCAGUACUGGGUCAAGUUCUUCAUCAUCGGCGUCACCGUGCUGGUGGUGGCCGUCCCCGAGGGGCUCCCGCUGGCCGUCACCAUCUCGCUGGCCUACUCCGUCAAGAAAAUGAUGAAGAACCACAACCUGCUCCCAUUUUCCCCCAUUUUCCCCAUA